AUGGAUCUCACACCCACAAGUCUAGACGAUGAGAUGUCUCUGCAGACAAAUACAGACUGGAAGGAACAACAGUUGACUGGAAAAAACAAUGACUUUCUCCACAAAUGUGAUGCCACUGAAGGUGCAGCGAGGAAUUCACCAAAGGAAAUUACCAGAACGAACCAUGUCUUGGACAGAUUAGAGGAUGAGGACGAUGUGUUCUCUGAAAACUCUCAAACUGACUUCCAUCACAAGGAUACCCUGGAGCAGGAGGCCGAGUAUAACCAGGACCCACAGAGUGAACAGGACGAGCAGGAAACAGAUACUCGUGAGGACCCCCCAGUGUCUACAUCUGUGCAGUUUUCAGAGGGGAACAUCCCUGAAUUGUGUCCACAGAGCAUGUUCUUCAGGCUAAACUACUGGAACACAAAGAUGGACUUGCAAGUGCAAGAACUUGGAACUGAUCACGUAGGCUGGCUGGAGAAAAUUAACAGUAUUAUACGAAAAAUAAACGUAACAGAAAACACAGUGAAGAGCUUAUUAAAUGAGGUGAUGUACCUGGAGGAACAAACUGAAAUGGCAGAGGACCAGGACCUUGACCCCAAUCAGGGGGUUUACAUUGAGGAGAAGAUCACAGAAAUUAGAAAGCAAUUAGGAGAAAUGGAUAACAAAUUUAACCAGGCAGGUGUUUGUAAUGAAGCUAAUGCAUUAAAGGAGAAAUUCAUUGAAAGAAUGGAGGAUUUUUGCAAGGACAUGGCUCUGCUGAAUAAAAAGCUGAGGUUAUAUCAAAUGCGAGAAGGGAAUACCGACUCUGAGUACAGUCCUGAGGAGUUGGAUGGUGAAGAAACAGAGUCACGGCUUCUUCAGGCCCCCCCGCCUGCUCUACGGCAGAACUCUCCUCCUCGUGUUACUGUGUGGAAAUGUGCACUGAGGAUUUUCAUCAUGUUCUACGUCCUCGUGUUCACUGGACUGUCAUGUUACACGCUCUUCUUUGACGCCACGUUUAUCUUUGAGAGGGUGCUCCCUAGAAUGCUGGGGCGUCGCACAAUGUGGGAGCUGCGGGAGAUUAUUGCGCCUUUCUUGAAUUUGCAAGUGGAAGACUUGCUACCCUCCUAAAGUUACACAGG